AUAUAUUCUCAUUAUUAUCCCACGGUCUGCCUCGUUGCCAGUGUUUUGUGUGAAACAUUAAAGUACGGUUUACAUUUUGUACCACAUAACGAUCAUAAAGACAGAUUAUUAUUGUCUGUGACUGUCUGUUUGACUCCUCCAGUCGUCGAAGCCCCGGCUGACUGUCCCCUGCUGCUCGAUGGUGGACGUGAGGAGCACCACGGCUCUGGAGGUCCCCGACAAGGAGAACACCUUCCUGCUGCAGCUGGAGGGGACGGCACAGUACGUGAUCGAGACGCGUGACGCCAUUCAGAUGAGAGCCUGGCUGAGCGACAUCAGGAACGGCAUCUGUCUCAGUGAGCAGGAGGACGCUGAAGGCGUCUCUGUGGGGCCACUGGACAUCAGCGGGACGGCUGAGAUCGUUGACCGUCUCUCUCAAGUGUGUUACGGAGGAAUCGGAGGCUCCUCCCCUCUGAUGGAUCCUCUCCCACCGGAGCUGCCACCUCGAGCCCCUCUCGACGAACCAGACGGCCGGAUUCUAGGCGGAGGCGGAGUCAGUCUCUGCACACCUUUUGCUGAGACGCCAGACACCACAGGCUCCUUCUUGUUCUCGGAGGUGACCCCUGCGGAGGCGGUGGAGCACCCGCUCAGCGAGUGUCAGUGGUUCCACGGCACCUUGUCCCGCCUCAAGGCCGCUCAGCUGGUGUUGGCCGGAGGUCCGGCGAGCCACGGAGUCUUCCUGGUUCGCCAGAGCGAGACGCGGCGCGGAGAAUACGUCCUCACCUUCAACUUCCAGGGCAAGGCCAAGGUGAGUGUGGGAGUCCAGCUCCCUGAACAAUAUGUGUGUGUCCUCAAUAAGGACGCGUAUCGUUAGGAUUUAAUCGAUACCAGAAC